AUGGUGGUGAUUGGUGAUUCGGAUUUUUUGAAAGAUGUGGCCACUAAAAAGUUAACGAUCAAAGGAAAUGAAUUGAACUCAACAAUUCAGGAACUGUUCGGAGGAUCAAAUGUGUUCACGGAAACAGAUUAUGAAGUGUGGCAUCGUCACAGAAAGAUUUUAGAGCCUUCAUUCUCGCCAUCUUCAUUGGCAUUAGUGGCACAAGUGACAAGCAAUGUUGUUUUAGGUGAACUAAUCCCAAGAAUUAAGGAAAAGGGGUACCGAAGAGAGGUGGACAAGGAUUUUUCUAGCUUAACUCUUGAUGUCAUCGGUUAUGCUGGAUUUAAUUACUCAUUUAAUUCAUUUUCUAGUCAUGACAAGUCCAGUUUGACAGCUCAAACACAAACUCUCUUUCAUUUGCUACUAUUGUAUGAACUAUUUCCAAAAUUUAUCAGAGAUCAUAUUGGAAUAUUUCCUCACAAGCCAACAAAAGACAUUGCUUCACGUUUUACAGAUUCCAUUCAAAAAAUUAUUCAGCAUAGAUCCAGUCAUGAUGACAAGGAGUACAAUGACAUUUUAUCAUUAUUACUUCAGGCUAGAGACGAAGGAAAGAAAAAUAACGAGAGUGACAGCAUGACUGAUAAGGAACUCAUCUCAAACUGUUUUGUUUUACUUGUUGCAGGACAUGAAACUACUGCGAGAACCUUAGGAUUUGCUUUAUACCUUUUAGCAACAAAUAAGGACGCUCAAGAACGGCUUCAUAAAUUCAUCGAUCACGACUAUCCUGCACUUUAUGGAAAGGACACUUUUGAUUUUGCAGAUUACCAAGCAGGAAGACUCGAUUAUGUUAAGGCCAUUGUAAAGGAAACGUUACGAUUGUUUCCAACAGUCAUGGUUGCAAUUAGAGAGCUUACUCAACCUUACACUUACAAAGGUUAUCAUUUACCAAAAGGUUUUAGAGUAGCCGCUUCAUGGCAAUUAAUGCAUCGAGAUGAAAAGUAUUGGCCUGAACCAGAUGAGUUUAUUCCUGAAAGGUUUUUGAAAAAGAAAGAACAUGAAGACCACCAUGACGACAACACUGAACCUGUCACACCUCAAGAAUUCAUUGCAACUCCAAAGAUGGAAGUGACUUGUUUCAAUCCACACAUUGUGUUGCAUCACAACCCAUUUGCGUAUGCUCCUUUCGGAAUUGGAAAUAGAAUUUGCAUUGGAAGAAAUUUUGCAGAAGUUGAAGCCGUAUUUACGCUCGCUCUGUUAGCAAAACAUUUCAAAUUUUCAAUGUCCGAAAAUUAUCAAAUGGAAGUUGACAUGUUCAUUACUUUGAGACCCAGAGAUCCGCUUUAUAUUAACUUUGAGAAAAAGUAG